CCUGUCCGGCGGAAGUUGUGCUCACGGCCUUAGCACAAAAGAAAUGGCGAGCGGUAUCGGCAAACACAAGAUACUGAAUGUAGGGCCAACAGAGCCAUGGUCAGUCAGGGAGAAACUGUGCCUGGCCUCCUCUGUCAUGAGGAGUGGUGACCAAAACUGGGUGUCUGUAAGUAGAGCCAUCAAGCCUUUCUCAGAGCCUGGCCGUCCACCUGACUGGUUCUCACAAAAGCACUGUGCCUCACAAUACUCUGAGCUGCUGGAGGCCACAGAAGCACCAAAGCGGAAGCGUGGUGAGAAGGGUGAGGUAGUGGAAACCAUUGAGGAUGUCAUUGUCCGUAGGCUAACCACAGAGAGGAUAGAGGAACUGAAAAAACUACUGCGAGAUUCACAGGAGCAAUACAGGAAGUUAAAGAAGGAGGUGGAUCUGAUACAGACGGGUCACAUGGACUCCCAGCUGAAGGAGCUCUGGGCAGAGAUCACACUAAAGAAGAAGCAGGACGAGGAGGAAGCAGAACAGAAGAGAAAAGCCACAGAAGCAGCGUACCAAGCUCGUCAGGCGGUGAAAAACACACCUAAGCGUCUGCCCAGUGUAACAGUACGUUCUCCUCUGGGUGCCAGCCCCCCCACCAUGGACUCUCAGGCAGACUCUUCGGCCCCCACGCCGCCCAUGGAUACAGGAUGUGUUGCCUCCGAUGACACCACCACCAUCACCCACUCAGUUGCCCAGGGGGUCGGAGUGUUUCUACCAGCGACGGAUGCUCCAGGCCCAGGGCCCAAAGAUGGAGGCCUGGCCGCUUUAGUCGAUGACUCAGCACAAAAGAGGCUCCUAACGCAGAAGGCCACGCCACCGCCCUCGCCUCUCCUGUCAGAACUGCUGAAAAAAGGCAACCUCAUCUCGGCCAGCCCCCGCCUGGUCGGGGAGGGAGACUCUGCUGGAAGCCUCACAAACGGAGUGCAGACAGCCACCGCAGCCACCGCCUUACCGCCUGGUCAUGAUGUCAUCACAGAGGGUGAUGCAGAAGCUGCAGUGAAGGCAGAGCUCGGUGAGGAGACCGGGUUAGUAGAGGAGGACCUUGUAGCUGUGUCUUAUAUGGGGGACGAACUGGACCUGGAGACAGUUGGAGAAAUCAUUGCCAUCAUAGAGGAGAAGGUGGAUGACUCUGUGGAGGCCUUGGACGCAGCAGCAGUGGAAGCAGCUCUCUCUCUGUGUGAAGAAGCUGUCUCAGAAGGACACACCCUCCCCGGCCCCUGGGAGACGCAGGAGCUGAAGGCUUCAGACCCAGCGCCCACAGUCCAAGACCCCGACCCCACACAGGAGCCACAGGAUGCGGCCGCGAUAUCAGCCCUGAUUCCUGCCAGUAUAGAGCCCCAGAAUCAACCGGAAACUAAAAGAGAACAACAGCUGAAGGGAAACUGUGAAGGACCUGAGGUGACGGGGAGUGACGUCACCUCGUCUGUCACCUCUGACGACGGUGCAACAGGAAGUGAAGUCACGGAGGAGGGGGCAGCAGGGAAGGAGGCCAGUGAAGCGACGGUCAAAAGUGAAGGAGAGGAAUGGAGCCAGCCGGAGCCCAACCCGCCCUGCCUGGAUUCCGAGGACAGCUCUGUUUCAGGGAAAGAGUCCAAGGAGGUGAAGGAGGAGGAGGCGGGGAGUGAGGGCGACCCAGACGAAGGGAUGGAGCUGAAGGAGGAGUGUGGGGAGGGCGAGGGUCCCUAUCUGUCGGAGGUGGAGCGGGCGGCAAGCGAGAGCGAAGAUGGUUACGGCCCGCCCUCCCAACGCUACACAGCGGAUUCUCUGGCCAGCAGCCCGGCCUCGUCGUCCCAGCUAUCCACAUGUGGCGAGGACCAGGAGGCGGUGCAGGCCCAGAAGAUCUGGAAGAAAGCCAUAAUGCUCGUGUGGAGAGCCGCAGCCAACCACAGGUACGCCAGUGUCUUCCUGCAGCCUGUGUCAGAUGACAUCGCGCCUGGUUACCACAGCAUCGUACACAGACCCAUGGACCUGUCAGCCAUCAAAAAGAAUAUUGAGUCCGGCGUGAUCCGCACUACAGCCGAGUUCCAGCGCGACAUCAUGCUGAUGUUUCAGAAUGCCGUCAUGUACAACUCGUCGGACCACGACGUGUACCACAUGGCGCUGGAGAUGCAACGUGAUGUCCUGGAGCACGUCCAGCAGUUCCUGGCCACCCAGCUCAUCAUGCAGACCUCAGAGAGCGCCAUCUCCGCUAAGAGCCUCCGCGGCAGGGAGGGAAACCGAAAACCAGGAGAGCCGGCCGAGAAGGUGGGUUGGACGUUUUGUUUGGGUUCAAACUGGAAUUCCUUUAAAAAUGUCGAACAAGUCUGAUUUUGUUGAAGCACACUAUAAACCUCCAAAACCAAAAGUGUCUCCGUUUCUUUGAAACUCAACUGUGAAAUGUGUUGAGUGUCAAAAUAUCAACAGCGAGCCAGGAAGACAUUUAUGGAUAUGGAGGAGCUACUGUAUGAAGAAUCAAGGUGUCGUAAGCACCCACUGUCCACUCACUCGGGUGUUUUUGCUUAUUUUUGAGAAUAAACUUCUUCUCUGGUGUGCUUAUUAAACAUUUUUUAUGGAAAUUUUGAACUUGAGAAAACGUAAGCAGUCUAAAUGUUCCUCUAUUUCCUGUUGAAAUGUUUUUCAUCGCAGUAGCUGACAGGAAGUAAUCAGGGACCCAAAACUCUUUUCCCUAGCAACAGAAUAGUAAUAAAACUGUCCAUAAGUGAUAUUUGCAAAAUCACUACAUACAGUAGUUCCAACCGAUUUUAACCAGAGAAGAGGUCUGAUCAGAAUAACUGAAAGCACCAGUGUGGGUGUGCAAAGCAUUAAUUAAUGUGAUUAUUUACAGGUGGUGAAAGGUCUCCGAUAUGGACCGACUUUUGUAACCAUUCCAGUUAACACUUUCCAUCUCUUUAGAUAGUUAUGAAGAUGCAAAAAAGAAAUCGCAUCAACCUUUGAACUUGUUUUAUAUAUCGUCCUACUUCUGUGCGUUUACACCAUGUAACACGUGUAAAGAUAAAUGAAUAUACAGCCAAGGAAAACAUCUUCCAGUAACAGUUUGAUUUGAUUUGGGGUUUUUUUCGGACAUGUAAAAAGGAAACAAAGCAAAUAUUGCACAAAAACAGAACGCCAUAAGAACAAAGCAAUAAUAAGUACAAACAAUGAAAAACACAAAGCAGAAGAAAUGUCUAAAUACGAAAAAGAGUGAGAAGGAAUAAAAACGUAUUCAAUCCCAGCCCUUCCCCACAUACUCAAAUUAAAUUUCUACAUUUUUCAUCAUUUACAGAAAAAAAGAAAGAUAAAGCAAAGCAUCACAUCACAUCAAAGCCCCUCUUCAAAUGUUGCUUUUAUACAGAGUUUUAAACUCGAAACAGUUCUCUUAUUACUUAGCAGAAUGUUACUGUUUGUUGGACGGGUCAGUUAUUGAUUGUGGAAAGUCAUCCUGCACAGUCCCUGUUCAUAGGGAACCGUGGUUGCCAUAGUUGUGGAAUAGAGUCACAGAUUUAAUUAUUUGACCGUAGGGUCAGUGUGGUUCUCAUACCCGUCGUGUCUCAGUAGCUACACCUGCCUAAUGCUCUGCAUGUCUUGCUUGAUCCUGAUGACUGACAUCACGGUGUAGCAACAGCACCAUCAUAUUACAGAGUCGGGGCAUUUGGGUUGACAUGGCCGUGUUCAGAUUUCUUGCUGUGUCCCUUACAGAUCAAUCCUCUCAAAGUAUUAAUCACCACUGAUAAAGUCUGUGUGUUUCUACCUUCCAUCAACACGGGACAGUUUGCUAAUGUGACUAAAACGACCUUGAACUGUCUGAGAUUAUAGUAGUAACAGUUUCACCCUCCGCUCUGCAAAAUUAUUCAAUCAAAUUUAACAUUCACUCAACAUGAUAUAACACUGAGCAACAUACCUCAGGACGUCACGCCUGCUGACUCCAGGCUACAUUUAUGAAUUUAAAAAUCUCUGUUCAACUUUUUGGAACUAAACACUCAGUGUUUUCAUUUUGUACAAGUUUAUUUAUUUAUUCUGAUGAACCCCUUGAGAUGAACCCUCUUGUGUUUAUGUUUUUAUUUUUUAUUUUAUUUAUAAGGACAACACACAACAUUUCUGUAAAUGUGCCACUGUUAGCCAUCAGGCUUAUUUUCAACUGUAGUCCUUUGGAAAGAUGUUUUGAAACCUUUGUUUUCAGGGGAGUCACUUAUGUAUAACUGAAUCGUGCCACGCUGAUGUGUGGCCGACCGUCACUCAGAGUAAUGUAAGUGUGACUCAGCUGAGCUGGUAGCCAUGUUUCCAUCAAUAUAUAUUAUUUGUGGAUUUUGAAGUAUUGUAUUUUGGAAAUGGUAAAAUUUGAUAAAGGGUCCUCCAUUGCAAUUAAAGUUUUUUUUUACGCUCA